ACUACUAAUUUGAUUAUCUGACGCGAAUUCAAGAAUGUGCACUAAAUCCCAUUCGCAGUAUGAAACAGGACCAAACUUCUAUUCCAUCACUAACAUCUUUCACCAUUUUUGCAGCUCAAAGAAUCUGAGAGCCAUUAAAGUAUUUCAUGCACAUCUAAUUAGAACAGGAUUAAUCUUCGUCUCCCCUAACUUUCAGUUCAAACUCAUAUCUACUACAUGUACAACUACUUCACUUCCCAACAAUAACAACCUUAAAACCUUAACCAACUUCUUCAAAUUCCCCAAACCCAAAAACCCUUUGCUCUUAAAUUCAAUUCUUUCCCAUUUUUCCCAAAAUGGGUUUCAUUUUCUUGCUCUUAAAACAUUCUCUUAUAUGCAUUUUAGUGGAAUUGACAUUGAUUCAUACACCUUGUGUAGCUCCAUUACAGCUUCAUCUGCUGUUAAAAAUGUAAACUUUGGGCAAAUGGUUCAUACCCUUGUGCAUAAAUCAGGUUGGAUUUCUAGUGUUUAUGUGGGGUGUGCUUUAGUCGAUGUGUAUGCUAAGUCUUUGUGUAUCAAGAAUGCAGCUAUGUUGUUCGAUGAAAUUCCUGUGAAGAACACAGUGUGUGUGAACGCACUUUUUUCGGGCUAUUCUGAAGCUAAGAUGUGGAUGGAGGGACUGGCGUUGGCGAGGAAGAUGCCAUGGUUGAAUCUAUCUUGGGAUAAUUUCACUUUUUCAGCUGCUUUGCGUGCUUGCGUUGGGCUCUCUGUAUUUGAAUUGGGUAAGCAAGUUCAUGGAUGUGUUAUUCGAGAAGUUCAUGACUUGGAAUCUGAUGUUUUUCUUCAAAGUUUGUUGAUUGAAAUGUAUGGCAAAAGUGGGUCAGUGGAGAAGGCUAGGCAUGUAUUCGACAUGGUCGGCUUUAGAUGUGGAGAAAGAAAGAAGGAUGUUGUUCUUUGGACAUCAAUGCUUGGUGUUUGCGGAAGAAAUGGGAAAUUUGAAGAAGUGAUUAGUUUGUUUAAUGACAUGGUGAUGGAAGGAAUCAAACCAGAUGGUGUAGCAUUAUUGACUGUUCUCUCUGCUUGUAGUCACACAGGCCACGUAAAUCUUGGAAUGGAGUACUUUGAAUCAAUGGCAUCUAAUUACAGUUUGGAACCCAGCCCCGAGCACUACGGUUGUGUUGUUGACUUACUGUGUCGUGCAGGUGAGUUGGAUAGAGCAUGGAAACUAAUCAACGAGUUAUCUUACAAAGAUAAUGAUAAUUUCACUGUUACCUUGUGGGGAGCCUUGCUUAGUGCCUGCCAUAACUUUGACAAUGUCGAACUAGGUAAAUUAGCUGCUCGAAGGGCAUUGAAUUUGGACCCUCAAAAUGACGGGGUUUAUGUUCUGCUAUCGAACUUGUAUGGCAGGAAUGGCAUGUGGAAGGAAAUUGAGAUGUUGAGGGAACAUAUAAAAGAGAAGGGAUUAAAGAAAAACAUAGGACAUAGUUUGGUAGAUAUCUGUAGAUGAGAUAAAGGCAAUGAUCAGAAAUACACUACAUUCUUCUUCUCAUGGAUUCGUGUAGCUAAAAGAAAUGGUUUAAGAGGUAUUACUGGCACAGAUUGUGAGGGUCCUUGAUGAUUCUCGUUGUGUAAGAUAGAUUGCGACAAGUGAUUAGAGCUUAUUAUAAGUGCAGUUAUGAUGUUCAAGGUGGUUCACACAUGGAGUGCUACUACAAGUGUGUAGCUCAAGUAAGAUUGUUCAAAGACCAUGUUUCAGUGCGAACUAGUUUCUUGAGUGUGCGACUGCGAGCAAUUAAGGCAGUAGAGUGCUGGGGAGUAACCUUUAAAUCCAAAUAUUCCAGGACAAAGGAAACCAAAAAUAUUCAUCAAAUUGACAUGAAGCUAAAUAAGGAGCUCUCUGGGGCAGAGGAGUGUCUCUUCCAUCUCAAUGAAGAGCUACUUGAAAGAAACCUUUACUCUGGAGACGUUCUUAAAAUUCAAUUUUCAUUGAAGCUCUUAAAAAUUAUGUUGGACUUGAGGGGAUGAACCGAUAUUUGUGAAGUGACAACAGAGAAAAAGGAUUUGGUCUAGGCCAUGACUUUGAAAUCCUCGGACUUAAUGAGCAAUGUAAGGAGAGUCUAUAGCAAUGAAAGAUGAUGGAAUUACAUGUGGGCAGGGAGGAGGGAGGAAUUAGAGGAGAUAAAGAAGAAACUAUGGCAAUUCAAUGUAAAAAUCUGUGGGACACGCUAGUCGUCAGGGCUGCAUGAAGCGCACAAGAUGGCAAGAACUAGCUCAUCUGGAAAAGUAUCCAUAAUCCUUUAUAAGUUUUCUCAUAUUUGAAGCAUAAAGGUUUCAACUAAAUAUCAGGAAAUGACUUACUCUUAGUUCUUAACUUCUGUGACGGUCAGGAAUCAAAAUGAAAUGGGUCCUAAUAAGAGACCCACUGACAUAUAAGGCACAGAUGAGCUAUGUGAAAGAAAGUCCAAACCAUAUUCAGUGAUACGAAAUAUCCUUGCCUCCUCAAUGAAGGAUAAAAGCUUGUUUUUCGUCAUUGUGCAUUGAGAUUCAGUUGCUAAGUUGUGGAAUGAAUGGAGGAUCACUAAUAUUUAGAAAAGCUAUAAAACAAUGACAAUGGAAAAGUUGUGGAACCUGAUAGUUAUGCAUGUGUAAAGUGAUCCUUGUGGUUCAGUUGAACAUGCUCGACUUUCAAGGUAUAUCAAAACAGAAUUCAUGAAAUAAAUUGGGGAGUCAUGGGAAAGAAUUACAUUUUUACAAAUCUUUGAUCUACUAUGAAGAGAGAUGCUCUAAAGUGUUUCGGAGGAGAGUGAUAUAGAGCUGGCUCCAUUAGUUGCACUUUGUAGCAAUGAAGAAAUUUGAUUUCUUUUAUCUCAUAGAAAAUAAUUGCCUGCAUUUGGUACAGAGCCUCAUCUGAAUGUUGCCUUCUGUUAAUAUGAAUUGAUUCAGAAGUAAAUAGAUCUCCUGUGUUCUGCAAGCUUGGCAAUUUCUUAUUAGGAUAGUAGUCCUGUAGUUUAGGUUCAAGUGAAGAGAAAUGCAAAAGAAAACACUGUAUUGGUUGGUCUCAAAUGUUUGAAAAAUACGAAUGUAAAAUGAAUAUUUUGAUGAAAACAGGUUAAUUUGUAAGAUUGUGGGAUCCCAAAAGAAAGAAGUCGCAACAUAUGUGAUUCUCACGUUCUUGUUAGCAAGUCCCUUUUAGUCAGUCGCACAUGGUUGCAUAUCUGAUCGUCUACGGGUGUGAUGGUAAUCUGUUGCAAAGCUCUAAAUUCAGAGAAGAGCUCGAGUAAAAGCAGUUACCUAAGAUUUUAAGCAACUUCAAACUAAUGUUUUGAAAGUUUCAUGGUUUUACUGUUUUUUGAGCUCCACAACUUUGCGAGGGUCAUAGGGCCCAUGAGUUGUUGCGGGUGCUCAUCCGUUGCAGAGGUGGAUGUACACAAAGGAGGCGGUGCACCUGCAGAUGACACAGUGCCCAUCCGAUGUGGCUCAGAAGUAGCGUGGAGAGCAGUCCAAUAUAUUCUAGAAGUUUCCAGAAAUGCUCGUCUCAUGUAGGAAGGUAAUAGAGUGCACAGGGUCUAGCUCUUGUAAAAACUAACACUUGUAAAGCAUAGUUGUGCAUAUAAGGUUUUGUUCUUUCCUCACACGAUAAAUGUUACGUUCUCUUUGAUAAUCUACUAUAUACUUGGCCAUUUUGGCUUGUUUGGACUACCACGCUAUGUAAGGAUUCAAGUAUUAAGCUUGCACCCCUGGGGGAGAGACUGCUCAGCGCCUAUGAAGAGAGUAGUCGGCUUGGUUGCUGCACGGUUAUGUUGGAGAGGUCCAAGGCUGUGACAAUAAGGUAUGAAUAAAAAGCUGUUUUACUUUGGUUUUUAAAAUUUUGGAUGAUUGUGCAUGUACUAUCUGGGGUCUUCUCAACCUACUUAGUUGCUGCAGCUUGUGCCUUUGUUUGUUCCGAACCAGAUAUGAUAUCCUAAUCCUUAACAUUUGCAGAAUUCGCUCUUGGUCCGAAGAGUUUUUUCCUUGGCCUAUCUGUUUAGGCCAUCCUUAUAUCUGCUCUCUCUC